CGCAUCUUCCGGCUUUUCACCUUCUGUACUAGCCUCUUGUUAUCGGGGUAUACUUCAUGGCGCUUCCAACUAAGGGCCGUGUUAUCAUCGACACGACGGCAGGCGAGAUUGGUAUUGAGCUAUGGGCGAAAGAAACGCCUAAAGCAUGUCGGAACUUUUUAGCCCUUGCUAUGGAAGGGUACUAUGAUGGUGUCAUCUUUCACCGUGUUGUUCCGGACUUUCUAGUACAAACGGGCGACAGGACAGGAACGGGUGGAGGAGGGGAGUCGUUCUACGGAGAGCCAUUUGAAGAUGAGAUCCAUCCGCGGUUACGGUUCGCGCAUCGUGGGCUGGUGGCAAUGGCCAAUAACGGGGCCAAAAAUUCGAAUGAUUCGCAGUUCUUCAUCACACUAGACCGAGCUGAUGAGCUUCAUGGCAAGCACACAUUGUUUGGCAGAUGCAUCGGCGAUACCAUUUAUAAUGUGAUGAAAAUUGGUGCCAUGGAAAUCGACGACGAUGGGCGCCCACUCUACCCUCCAAAGAUUAAGGGCAUCAGAAUCGUGGACAACCCAUUUGAUGACAUUGUUCCUCGCAUCACGGCCGACGAGAAGCGAGUACAGCUAAGAGCAAGGGAGCAAGGGAAGCGUGAACGCGAGGAGCAGGAGCGGCGUAGAGGCGCAAAAAAGGACACCAAACUGCUGAGCUUUGGCGCUGACGAGGACCUUGAGGCCGAUGAGGUAAACGUGUCAGUUCACAAGAAAAACAUAGCUCGACCUGAUUUGGCCGAUUCUCCUUUACAACCCGUCGCAGUCCCCGACUUCAUGGCUCCUGGACCUCCAAGGUCAGUGAAAUCGGAUGAUCAACCUGUUGAGAGCAAGAAAGAACGGAAAGCAAAAGAGAAAUUUGACCAAACGAAAGAUGACAUAGCAAGUAUCCGAAAGAAAUACUCGGAGGAACAGACUGUAUCCAGUAACUCUCGGCAAGCGGAAAUCGAGAGAAUGGAGGCUGAGAUCCGGAAAUUGACCAAGCGACGAGAUGACGACAGCGACGAUGAACCCAGCAAGAAAAGGGCAAAAAGCUCAUAUUUGGAGGUAGAACUCGCGAGAUACUCGAAAGGUCGAGGACUACAUCGAAAAGAUAGGAAAAAGGACGAAUCCGGGGUUCUCGCCGCAUUGACAAGUUUCAGAACAAAGCUGAAGGGAUCGGCUCCAAGCAAAAUCGAGAUCAACGUGAAUUCAACCGAGGGAGAAGGGGAGCAGGAAGCUUCGAUGGGUGGAAUUGAAGAAGGGAUGGAAGUAGACGAUGAUACAGGGUUCAUGUCGCAUCUUCUCGCCUUCCCGAAGGACAAUGAGGACGAGGCCCAAAAGGCGGAAAGGGACUACGAGGUCAUUGAUCCGCGCCAACGUGGUGCACGAGCAAAAGAGGAGGAGCGCGAGAGGAAGAGACUGCAGAAUGUCAAAAGAGGUGGACGGGUUCAUCGUAGGUAGCCGGUGCAAAAGAGUCUGAUUGAGUUUCAUUGAGCUGGAGACUCAGUCGAAUUGUGCUUGACAUGCGCUUUUCUUAGCCUUGUCGUUGUUGUCCUCAUGCUACCACUCUACCAACAUGGUUCUUUUGUCUGCG